AUGUGCCACGCGAUUUCCGAACCCACCAUUCGCUCCAACGUCAAACAAAGACAACCGGCCAUGUCUACGACAAUAUUCGAAGACGCAGCUCCUCGCGCUUCAAGCCCUCAAUCCCAAGCAGGUACUGACUCGGCUUCAAUUUCCGUAAGGUCCCGAAAAGAGGGCAGAAAGACCAGUUCUUAUGUCGAAGAAGAAAAGGAUUUGGGAUUACCUGUUCUGGGAGGCUGGCCGCUUGGUUCGACUGUGUUUGCGCUAUGCUUAGCUCUGCUCCUUGCAACACUAGAUACUACCAUCAUCUCGACCUCGUUGAUCACGAUCGCUUCCGACUUUGGCCACUUUGAUCAAGCAAGCUGGAUUAUUGUGUCUUAUUUGCUCACUUAUUCUGGUUUUCUCCUCAUAUUCACUCGAUUGAGCGAUGUCUUGGGCAGAAAACCUGUGUUGAUGUUUUCAAUUCUCAUGUUUCUUUUCUGGUCAAUCGGAUGCGGCUUCUCACAAACACUCAAACAACUUAUUGUCUUUCGGGCUUUACAAGGUAUAGGUGGGGCUGGAAUCUAUGCGCUUGCUUAUGCAUCUGUUCUGGACGUGGUACCAUUUAGGCUCGUUAGCGCAGCAUCAGGAGCUAUCUCAAUGAGCACCGCUUGUGCAAGCCUCUUGGGUCCUGUCCUUGGCGGAGUUAUUACCUCGAAUACCACUUGGAGGUGGGUCUUUUGGAUCAACAUCCCCUGUGGAGUCCUGGUCACUGUCUGCGUCGCUUUCCUGUUUCCAACUGAAACACAAUCAAGGAAACUUGGAAAGCCGGCGUUGCAACAGAUCGACUGGCCUGGGAUACUUCUCUCGCUCACCGGAUCUUCACUGUUGGUUAUCUCUUUGGAAGAAGGAGGUGUUCACUUCUCCUGGCGAAGCUUGUUUGUGGUGUUGAUGCUUGUCGGAUCGGUACUCUGUUUUGUAGGCUUUGGCAUAUGGGAGUAUGUUCUGACACCCAGAGAAGCAAGCAUGAAGAUGCUGCCUCUCUUUCCGACAAGACUCAUAUCUAGCAGGGUCGUUGCAGCGACUCUUGGGACUGUAUUCUUCACUGGCUUUCCCUUUGUGGUCACCAUCAUGGCCCUACCACAACGCCUUCAGAUCGUCAAUGGCGACAGUCCCGAGAACGCGGGUCUUCACAUGCUCCCACUUAUUGGUUCGACCGCUUUGGGCGCGAUUCUGACUGGCACGAUUACUGGCAAAUUCAAUGUCGCCUGGCACUUAUUGGUGUCUUCGAACGUACUCAUGACAGUUGGUUGUGGACUCAUGUCGACCUUACCCACAGAUAGUGAGAUCGCCAAUCUCUGUUAUCUUUAUCAAAUUAUUCUCGGCUUCGGUUUUGGUCUCACCAUGGCCAGUUCGAUGGUUGUCAUUCGCACCGAAGUGGCUAUGAAAGAUAACACUGUGUCUUUGGGCGCCGUCACACAACUACGACAACUCGGCGGUGUUAUCGGUCUCGCUGUGACGCAAGCCAUCCUGAAUGGCAAUUUCAGAUCGCAACUCGCCAAGUUCUUAUCCGAUGAGGAGCUGAGAUCGGUCAUGCUGUCAACAGCUAACAUCGCAAACCUUAGUGAUUCACAUAGAGACUUGACUUGCCGCGCGUACGGAAGAUCUUCGAACGCCCAGAUGCGAGUCGUUACCGCGUUCGCGGGUGCGGCCGUCUUGGUGAGUAUGUUUGCUCGACAAAAUGCUCCACGAGACCGCAAAGCUCUCGAAGCGGAGCGUGUCGCAUUUCACACUGGUCGAACCACGUCAGUCGAGCUGCAUAGUGGCUCUGUCACACGCAUCAACCUGGUUCAUGCACGACUGGUCAGCAAGACUGAGACAUCCAGUGCCCCAUCUGUCGUCGAUUGUGGCGAUUUGAUUGAGACGACAUCGUCGCGGAGAGAGUCUAGCCACUCGCUUCCGAUUCAUAGUCGUACAGCUUGAUUACCAUAUUGAAGUUGAGUUUCUCUUUUUCAGCGUAUGAAAGAGUCAAGACAGUCAACCACUAAGUCAGAUAGAAAAAUGAAUUAAUGACUCGCGUGAAAAUCAUCUGAGC